CCUCCUCCUCUCGUCCUGGGCUCUUGUUUAGGUUUCGGGCGUGAAGGAGCAGCGAGAGAGGAAAAGAAAGCGAGUGAACGGGAUGGCGCGAUUCGAUCCGUGGAAAGUCUUCCUGAAGAGAGAAUGGAACAGGAACUGGCCCUUCUUGGUGGGCUUCGCCAUCACCGGAGCCCUCGUCACCAAGCUCACCGCCAGUCUUACCGAGGAGGACGCUAAGAAUUCUCCUUUCGUGCAGAGGCACAGGAGGUAAGCUUUUGGAUGUUCAUGGUUUGACAGUGUUGGGAGAGAACAUUGCCCUUGAAUUUUCUUUCUCUUGAAGCUUUGUUGUUUUCUUUUCCAUGUCUUCGAUAUUGGGUGAAAUACUUGGAAGCUCAACCGUGCUUUAGGUCUAGGCUUCCUAAACUUAUUUUUCUUGGGGCUAUCCAUCAGAAAGUGAAAAAAACCAGGACCCUGUAUAGCAUUUAAUCCACUUCGUUAAUCUUCGUGAAUAAUGUGACUGCAACCAUAAAAGUGACAUCUCUGACUCUCA